AUGAAUCCUUUUACAACAAUGAUACUGGCUAGUUCGAAUAUUUCUCAACAAACAAAAUCAAAAAAGCAUGCUAGAGGAAAGCAUAAAUAUUAUCUUACAGAGUAUAUUAUUAUUACCGAUAAAUAUAUUAAUCCGCAAAAGCCCAAUGACAAAUAUUGCUAUUGUUUGGCCUGUUAUGAAUUAAACUCUAAAAAGGUUAAAAUUGUUAAUAGAAAAAAAUUAGUAAGAAAUCAUCUUAAAAACUGUAUAUAUUUUAUAUGCAAAGUUGGUGAAAAGGAACAAGCUGAAUAUAUCUUGAAUAAAGAAGAAUUAGAAACUUCUAAAAAGUUAUAA